CGCUGUGACCGUCUGUUUUAUUCGCACUUUCUCUCAUAUAUCGUGAACAUGGCUGGUAUUUGCCGCACACGUCUCUCAGAAGAACGCAAACAGUGGAGGAAGGACCACCCUUUUGGCUUCUAUGCCAGACCGCUGAAAGCUAGUGAUGGAUCCCUCGAUCUGCUACAGUGGGAAGUCGGCAUCCCUGGAAAGCCGAACACUCCAUGGGAGGGCGGUAUAUACAAGCUUACGAUGACCUUCCCGGAAGAUUACCCGUCCAAACCCCCGAAGUGCAAGUUCACACCACCGCUGUUCCACCCCAACAUCUACCCGUCGGGGACCGUAUGCUUGUCCAUUCUGGAUGAAGAAAAAGGAUGGAAACCUGCUAUCACUUUCAAACAGAUCUUACUCGGUAUCCAAGAGCUUCUGAACGACCCGAAUGUGAACGAUCCUGCCCAGUCUGAUGCAUAUACUAUGUUCAAGAAUGAUAAAACAGCGUACGAGCGCAAGGUUAGGUCGCAGGCUCGAGACAACUUCCCUAAGUAGUCCGUGUCAUCUCUCGUAGAUUCUCUGUUACUGGUUUUCUCCCAGCAGUAUGUUGUAUUUUCAUCGUUCAUCUCACUUCCACUACGCUGCC